UGGUCUUCAAGGCUUCACAGUUCACACGGUCACACCACGCCCAUUCCUCCCUGAGGUGGAAUUGGCAUAGAACAGUCUACACCAAAACCCUAGUUUUUCUCUCUCUCCUCCGCAUUUUAUCUCUCUAAAAACCCCACAUAUCACCGUCUUCUUUCUCUCUCUCUCCAAUAAAAACCCUGAUUCAAACCGCAAGCAACUCAUUGAUCCGUCACAAUGUCGAUGUCGAAGAGUUCGAAGAUGCUUCAGUACAUCAACUACCGGAUGAGAGUCACGAUCCAAGACGGUCGUCAACUCGUCGGAAAAUUCAUGGCCUUCGACCGCCACAUGAACCUCGUCCUCGGCGACUGCGAGGAGUUCCGGAAACUACCGCCUGCCAAGGGCAAGAACAACCAGGAGAGAGAAGAUCGCCGAACCCUAGGCCUUGUGCUACUCAGGGGUGAAGAGGUGAUUUCCAUGACCGUCGAGGGCCCUCCCCCUCCCGACGAGUCCCGAGCCAAGUCCGCCGCUUCAGCCGCCACCGGACCUGGCAUCGGCCGCGGCGCCGGCCGUGGAAUUACCACUGCUCCGCUGGUUCAUGCUAUUGCUCAGCCUGGCCUCGCCGGGCCGGUUCGCGGUGUCGGAGGACCGGCGCCGGGCAUGAUGCAGCCUCAGAUCUCUCGUCCGCCAAUGCCGCAGCUGUCGGCUCCGCCGAUGACCUACCCCACACCUCCGGUGAUUCGGCCGCCGGGACAGAUGCCGGGGUAUCCUGGCCAGCCUAUGGCUCGGGGCCCACCUCCGCCUGGCCCGCCUCAGUUUGCUCCUAGACCGGCGGGGCCUCCCGGACCGUAUCCUGGUCCACCGCCGCAGUUUGGACAGCGACCCAUGGUACCGCCUCCGCAGAUGAUGAGGGGACCUCCACCUCCACAACGCCCUGGGAUGCCCGGUCCACCUCGUCCCGGGAUGCCGCCUCCACCUGGUGGUGCUAUUCCGGUUUAUGGUCCGCCCCGUCCGGGCAUGCCUCCUCCACCAAACUCUCAGCAACAGCAGCAGAAUCAGCAGCAGUAAUUUGGGCUAUUUUUCAGUUUGGUGGUACUGUGAAGAUAAUCAACCGAACCCGAAAUCCUGUUUUGUUAGGCUGCUUCUACAUCUAAGUCUGAUUUGUUAAUGGUUUGUAUCAUGGGAAGUUUUCUCCUUCAUUGGGCUACUUUUUUUUUUUUUUUUUUUUUUUUUUUUUUUUUUUUUUUCUGAUAUCUAUUUUAGUGUAGUAUAACCGUUAGUGUGUAUCUUGGCAGAGCAAAUUAUCCUCAAUUGAUUUUAAAUGCAACAUACUUUUCUCGAGUAUAUAUGUGGGUCUCUGUCUCUCUACGUGCGCGCGCACACUGAUACAUGAAUGGUUUGACUGGUUGUGCUGUAGUAAUUGCUCAAAAUCCUUCUCUAGAAAGUUCUGAGAUGAUUUAUGUUUCUUACCUUGAAGCCAGAGUUGGUAUGUAGGGAUGAGUUAUUUAUUUUUUCGAAAGUUAAAACAAACACACUCAUUAUAUAUAUUAUGCCUUCAUUGAGGCUUGAACACUCACCUCCCCAUUCAGGGAGGAGAGCUUAUGAGCUA